AUGGACGCUACUGGAGAUCACACCCAGGUGUUCCAGGGGAUACGUCCACUGCAGCCCGGCAACGAUAAGUUCCCCGAUUUUUGUUUACACGCCGGGGCCCAAUGCAGAAACGACUGCAAGCGACUGCAGGAGCGCUACCAAGAGAACAAAGAGGACAACUGCUGUCGAAACCUCGACAACAACUCUAAACAAUAUCGUCACCAUCAGCAUUUCUGCCAUUCCCCAUCUGUUCCAAUAUCGGCGUCAUCUCGCUUAUCGUAUAUCUCCACCGCCUCGGCCUCGGCUUCAUCAUCAUCCUCGAGGGUAUCGAACGCUUCACUCGAGUCACUUUCAACCCCCGUCUCCGUCUCUGCCUCUGUAUUUGACGUCUCUCCACACCCACCUCGCUUCUCGUCCGACACCAGCAACUCCUCCUCCUCCUCGACCGUCGCCGAAUUCCUUGCCCGUCGUCGCACCCUCACGAACGUUACGUCUUGUUCGCCAUCGUCUUCCCCACCAUCUUCACCGACCCCGCGAACGAAGCGGGACAAGUCACAGGUGCAUGCGGCGCGAGUACAGCGGUCAGAAAGCACAACUACAGCCACAGGAUUUCUUCUAGGCCUUCAGAAAGGAAAGGAAUCAACGCAAUCGACGAGCUCGCGAAGGUUUACGCUCAGCGCACCCUCUGCCGCAGACGCUCUUGCUGCUGUCGAGCCCCCGCAUGAUCAAAAGUUGACGAGAAUGGCUUAUUCGGAUCAACAACAAUGGAUUAAGGUCCAACAGAAGACGUUCACAAAAUGGCUCAACACAAAGAUCGAGGCCCGCAACCUCGAAGUUAAGGACCUUAUAUCAGAUCUUAAAGAUGGUGUUAUGCUGAUACAUCUUCUCGAAUGUCUUUCACACGAAUCGCUAGGUCGCUAUGCCUCAAAACCCAAACUCCGAGUCCAAAAGUUCGAGAAUGCAAACCUUGCACUCGACUUUGUCAAGUCUAGGGGCAUCCAGAUGACCAACAUUGGUGCUGAAGAUGUAGUCGAUGGCAACCAAAAGAUUGUUCUAGGUCUCAUCUGGACCCUGAUUCUUCGAUUCACCAUCAGUGACAUCAGUGAGGAGGGCAUGUCGGCAAAAGAGGGUCUUCUGCUCUGGUGUCAACGGAAGACAGCGUGCUACGACGAGGUGGAAGUGCGAGAUUUCAGUGGCAGCUGGAACGAUGGUUUGGCUUUCUGUGCUCUAUUGGAUAUUCACCGACCCGAUCUCAUCGAUUAUGACGCCCUUGACAAAACAGAUCAUCGAGGCAACAUGCAACUGGCUUUCGACAUCGCCCAUAAGGAGAUCGGCAUCCCUAAACUGCUCGAUGUGGAGGAUGUAUGUGAUGUGACUAAGCCUGAAGAGCUAUCUCUGAUGACUUACAUUGCAUACUGGUUCCACGCCUUCUCGCAAAUGGAAAAGGUUGAGAAUGCUGGACGCCGUGUGGAGAAGUUUGUCAACAAUAUGCAAGGUGCUUGGGAGAUGCAGAGUGCCUACGAACGACGAAUGCGGGCACUCUUACAGGCCAUCCAGGAGCGAAUUGAGUUAUGGAAGCAGUCCAAAUUUGAAGGAACAUACGUCGAUGCCAGAGCUCAGUUGACCCAGUUCUUCGACUACAAAAAGGGCAAGAAGCGUGAAUGGGUUGCUGAGAAGAGUGACCUGGCAACGCUACUCGGAAACAUCAAGACAAAGCUGGGUACUUAUCGCUUGAGGCCAUACGAUCCACCCACCGAGUUAAGUUUGGAUACCCUUGAGAAGAAGUGGGCAGAGCUGGCAUCAAACGAGAUGACCCGUGCCCAGCUCAUCAACGAGACGAUUCGAGACAUCAAGAACGCCCUGCGUAAAUCUUUUGCUGAUAAGGCAAACGAUUUUGCGAUGGCCCUCAACACAAUGCAAUUGGCCAUCUCGGGCCUUGACGGUGAUGUAGAAGAUCAACUACACCACGUGAGGAAGCUGAGUGAGAGCCUCUCCCCUUUGGACCAGUACCUGGAUAAAAUUUCAGAGUUGGACCAGAAGUGCCAAGAGGCCAACAUCGAGGAGAACGACUUUACUACUUACACACACGACGAACUUUCGUAUGAACUAGGACUUGUCAAGACUUCAGUGCAGAAAAAGCUCGCCUUUUUGGAGAACCAAAUGGUAGCGCGAAGCAUGACGAACCUAACACCUAUUCAGUUAGAAGAGUUCGAGAGUGUUUUCCGCCACUUUGAUCGUGAUGACACCAAUUCGCUACAGGAGCUCGAAUUUAGCGCUGCCCUUGCUUCGUUGGGACUUGUGUUCUCGGAGGAUGAGAUGCACGAUUCCUUCUACACAACGUCUGGUGGACGUGACUAUGUGACAUUUGAACAAUUCAUCCGGUUCAUGGUGGAUGUGACAGAGGACCAGAACACGGCAGAACAAGUCUUCCAGUCGUUCCGUGAGGUGGCUGAUGGAAAGCCCUACGUGACAGAGAUGGAUCUACGACACAGUCUGGUGCCCGACGAAGUGAUCGAUCAGCUUGUUGAAAUCAUGCCCGCACACAAUGGACCGGACAUGUCAGAGGACCGAGACAUGCCUCAAUACGACUACAUCUCCUUUAUGGAAAAGUUGAUCAGCGAUCAAAAUAGGGACAGGGAGGCCUCAGAAGCAGCCCAGGCGAACGCCGAGCCACAAAGCCCUCACACUAACGGGGUCUAG